GUAUUCACUUAUAAACAGAGCACGAUCACACACCAAAAAGUAACGCCUAUGCAUCAAACCAGCACAGAGAGUGUGGAAGACAUGGCAGCACUUGUAGAUCUCCAUGAAGGUUCCAUUAUGCACAACUUAUUCCAGCGAUAUCAGCAAGAUAAAAUCUAUACCUACAUUGGUUCGAUAGUUGCCUCCGUGAACCCCUACAAGAGCAUCCCGGGGCUGUACGACUGCGCCGCCAUGGAGCGAUACAGCAAGCACCACCUGGGAGAGAUCGCACCUCACAUCUUCGCCGUGGCCAACGAGUGCUACCGCUGCCUCUGGAAGCGCCACGACAACCAGUGUAUCCUCAUCAGUGGCGAAAGUGGUGCGGGUAAGACGGAGAGCACUAAGCUGAUUCUAAAGUUCUUGUCUGCAAUGAGCCAACAUUCACUGGAGCUGUCCUCCAGAGAGAAGACCUCCUGUGUGGAGCAAGCUAUUCUUGAGAGCAGUCCAAUUAUGGAAGCUUUUGGCAACGCGAAGACUGUUUACAACAACAACUCCAGUCGCUUUGGGAAGUUUAUUCAGCUGAACAUCUGUCAGAAAGGAAACAUUCAGGGGGGAAGAAUUAUGGAUUAUUUAUUGGAAAAAAAUCGUGUAGUAAGACAAAACCCUGGGGAAAGAAAUUAUCAUAUAUUCUAUGCUCUGCUGGCAGGGAUAGAAGAGAGAGAGAAAGAUGCUUUUUACUUAUCUGUGCCUGAGAACUACCACUACCUGAACCAGUCUGGAUGUAUAGUGGAUAAGACAAUCAGCGACAAAGAUUCUUUCAAGGAAGUCAUUACUGCAAUGGAAGUGAUGGAGUUCAGCAGGGAGGAAGUACGAGAAGUUCUGAGGCUGUUGGCUGGCAUUUUGCAUCUGGGAAACAUUGAGUUCAUCACUGCUGGUGGGGCACAAGUUUCCUUUAAAACAGCCCUGGGUAGAUCUGCUGAGUUACUGGGCUUGGACUCCACACAACUAACAGAAGCAUUGACUCAGAGGUCGAUGAUUCUCAGGGGAGAAGAAAUCCUUACACCUCUUAGUAUACAACAGGCAAUAGACAGCAGAGAUUCUAUGGCUAUGGCACUUUAUUCUCAGUGUUUUGCAUGGGUCAUUAAGAAAAUCAAUAGCAGAAUCAGGAGCAAGGAAGACUUCAAGACCAUUGGAAUUUUGGACAUAUUUGGAUUUGAAAACUUUGAGGUAAACCGUUUUGAGCAGUUCAAUAUUAAUUAUGCAAAUGAGAAGCUUCAGGAGUAUUUCAAUAAGCACAUCUUUUCCUUGGAGCAACUGGAAUACAGCCGGGAAGGACUAAUUUGGGAGGAUAUUGACUGGACAGACAAUGGAGAAUGCUUGGACCUUAUUGAAAAGAAACUGGGACUGCUGGCACUCAUCAAUGAGGAGAGCCAUUUUCCUCAAGCUACUGACUCCACCUUACUGGAGAAGUUGAAUGCCCAGCAUGCUAACAAUCCUUUUUAUGUAAAACCAAGGGUUGCUGUUCACAACUUUGGAGUGAAGCACUACGCUGGGGAGGUCCAGUAUGAUGUCAGGGGGAUCUUGGAGAAGAACAGAGAUACUUUCAGAGAUGAUCUGCUGAACUUGUUACGUGAAAGCAGUCUUGAUUUCAUCUAUGAUCUAUUUGAACACGUUUCAAGUCGCAACAAUCAGGACACUCUUAAAUGUGGAAGCAAGCACCGAAAACCCACUGUCAGUCUCCAGUUCAAGGAAUCACUUCAUUCUUUAAUGGCAACGCUGAGUUCUUCAAACCCUUUCUUUGUUCGGUGCAUCAAACCCAACGUGCAGAAGAUGCCAGACCAGUUUGAUCAGACAGUGGUGCUCAACCAAUUGCGCUAUUCUGGGAUGUUGGAGACGGUCAGGAUUCGAAGGGCUGGUUUCCCAGUCCGGAGGCCCUUUCAGGACUUUUAUAAAAGGUAUAAAGUCCUCAUGAGAAACUUAACUCUCCCUGAAGAUUUAAAUGAGAAAUGUGCCGUCUUACUUCGUCUGUAUGACAACACAAGCACUGAAUGGCAGCUUGGAAAAAAUAAGGUGUUUCUCCGGGAGUCCCUGGAACACAAAUUGGAGAAACAGCGAGAAGUGGAAGUCACUAAGGCAGCAAUGAUCAUCCGAGCACACAUCUUAGGUUAUGCAGCCCGAAAGCAGUAUAGAAAGGUUCUCUACUAUGUGGUUGUGAUACAGAAGAACUACAGAGCAUUCAGUGGAAGGAAGAAGUUCCUGUGCCUGAAGAAAGCAGCCAUGGUCCUUCAGAAGCAGCGGCGAGGCCAGCUUGCGAGGCGUGUUUUCAGGGAGCGACUGGAGGAGAAGCGGAAACAAGAGGAGGAAAGAAGAAAAGAGGAGGAAGAAAGGGAAAGACAAAGGCAAGAAGCAGAGCGUCUUGCCCAGCAGGCUGAAGAAGAGAGAAAGAAGCAGGAACUGGCUGCCAUUCAGAAAGCUCAGAAGGAGGCAGAGCUGAAGCAGGAGGUGGAGAAGCAGAAAGAAAGCAGGCAGGUGGAAGAAAUCCUGCGUCUGGAAAAAGAAAUCGAAGACCUGCAGCGUGUGAAGAAGCAGCAGGAGCUGUCCUUGACAGAGGCUUCAUUACAGAGGCUGCAGCAGCGUCGAGAUGAGGAACUCCGGCGGCUUGAGGAUGAAGCAUGUCGAGCAGCCCAGGAGUUCCUGGAAUCUCUGAACUUUGAUGAGAUUGACGAAUGUGUCCGAAACAUUGAGAGGUCUCUCUCUGUGGGCAGUGGGUACCCUGCUGAGCUGGCUGAACAGACUGGAAAUGCCUGCAGUGAAAAGCCCAAUUUUAACUUCAGCCAGCCAUAUCCUGAGGAAGAGGUAGAUGAGGGCUUUGAAGCCGAUGAUGAUGCAUUUAAGGAUUCACCCAACCCGAGUGAGCAUGGCCAUUCUGAUCAAAGGACCAGCGGCAUCAGAACAAGCGAUGAUUCCUCAGAAGAGGAUCCUUAUAUGAAUGAUACCGUGGUGCCAGCAAUUCCCACUGCCAGCGACACCAUGGUCAUACCUCCUGCCCAUGACACAGUGAGCCUCCACAACUCUUCAAGCGGCGAAUCCACGUACUGCAUGCCAGAAAAUGUAUCCUGCAGACCCCCAAAUUCUGUGGAACUUAUUUCUCCCGAUGGAGACUAUGAUUACGACCAGGAUGAUUAUGAAGAUGGCGCUAUCACUUCUGGCAGCAGUGUGACCUUCUCUAACUCACACAGUAGCCAGUGGUCACCGGACUACCGCUGUUCAGUGGGGACGUACAAUAGCUCUGGAGCAUACCGGUUCAGCUCUGAGGGAGCUCAGUCUUCUUUUGAAGACAGUGAAGAAGAUUUUGACUCCAGGUUUGAUACAGAUGAUGAACUUUCCUACCGGAGGGAUUCAGUCUAUAGCUGUGUCAGCCUGCCCUACUUUCACAGUUUUCUGUACAUGAAAGGUGGUUUAAUCAACACAUGGAAGCGACGCUGGUGUGUCCUGAAAGAUGAGACCUUCCUGUGGUUUCGUUCUAAGCAGGAAGCACUUAAGCAGGGUUGGCUUCACAAAAAGGGGGGUGGAUCAUCUACACUUUCCAGAAGGAACUGGAAGAAAAGAUGGUUUGUUCUCAGACAGUCCAAGUUGAUGUAUUUUGAAAAUGACAGUGAAGAAAAGCUAAAGGGUGCCAUGGAUGUCCGAACUGCCAAAGAGAUUGUUGAUAAUACAGGCAAAGAAAAUGGUAUUGAUCUAAUAAUGAGUGAUAGGACCUACCACUUAAUUGCUGAAUCUCCUGAAGAUGCAAGCCAGUGGUUCAGUGUACUGAGUCAAGUCCAUGCGUCCACAGAGCAGGAGAUCCGGGAGAUGCAUGAUGAGCAGGCAAAUCCACAGAAUGCAGUGGGUACACUCGAUGUGGGACUAAUUGAUUCUGUCUGUGCUGCUGACAAUCCAGAUAGACCCAAUUCAUUUGUGAUCAUCACUGCUAACCGUGUUCUUCACUGUAAUGCUGACACUCCUGAAGAGAUGCAUCACUGGAUAACCCUGCUUCAGAGGUCAAAGGGGGACACUAGAGUGGAGGGACAAGAAUUCAUUGUGAGGGGGUGGCUACACAAGGAAGUAAAGAACAACCCAAAGAUGUCCUCAUUAAAACUUAAGAAGCGUUGGUUUGUUUUGACGCACAAUUCUUUGGACUACUACAAGAGUUCAGAGAAAAAUGCUUUGAAAUUGGGUACGCUGGUCCUGAACAGCCUCUGCUCAGUGGUCCCACCUGAUGAAAAAAUCUUCAAAGAAACAGGUUACUGGAAUGUGACUGUGUACGGACGCAAACACUGUUACCGCCUCCAUACGAAAUUGCUUAAUGAGGCGACCCGCUGGUCAAGUGCCAUCCAGAACGUGAUUGACACAAAGGCACCCAUUGAUACUCCAACUCAACAGCUUAUUCAGGAUAUUAAGGAAAACUGCCUGAAUGCUGAUGUGGUUGAACAGAUUUAUAAGAGGAAUCCUAUUCUCCGUUACACUCAUCAUCCAUUGCACUCACCAUUACUGCCACUGCCAUAUGGGGACAUCAAUCUAAAUUUGCUGAAAGACAAAGGUUAUACAACUCUGCAGGAUGAAGCCAUCAAGAUAUUUAAUUCUUUACAGCAGCUGGAGUCUAUGUCUGAUCCCAUCCCUAUAAUCCAAGGUAUCCUCCAAACAGGACAUGAUUUACGACCCCUCCGAGAUGAGCUCUACUGUCAGCUCAUCAAGCAAACCAAUAAAGUGCCUAACCCUGGCAGCGUGGGGAACCUCUAUAGUUGGCAAAUACUCACCUGCAUGAGUUGCACAUUUCUGCCCAGUCGCAGCAUCCUCAAAUAUCUCAAGUUUCAUCUCAAAAGGGUUCGUGACCAGUUUCCAGGAACUGAAAUGGACAAAUACGCACUUUUUACUUACGAAUCUCUGAAGAAAACCAAAUACAGAGAGUUUGUGCCGUCACGAGAUGAAAUAGAAGCGCUGAUUGGCAGGCAGGAGAUGACAUCCACAGUUUAUUGCCAUGGUGGGGGCUCCUGUAAGAUUACAAUCAACUCACACACUACAGCUGGAGAGGUGGUUGAAAAGUUAAUUCGUGGCUUGGCCAUGGAGGAUAGCAGAAAUAUGUUUGCUUUGUUUGAAUACAAUGGAACUACAGAUAAAGCAAUUGAAAGCAGAACCAUUGUAGCUGAUGUCUUGGCAAAGUUUGAAAAGCUUGCUGCCACUGCUGAAGCUGGGGAGAUGCACUGGAAGUUCUACUUCAAGCUCUACUGCUUCCUGGACACAGAAAAUGUCCCAAAAGAUAGCGUGGAAUUUGCCUUUAUGUUUGAGCAGGCUCAUGAAGCAGUGAUUAAAGGACAUUAUCCUGCUCCUGAGGAAACCCUCCAGGUCCUUGCAGCUUUGCGUCUUCAGUACCUUCAGGGAGAUUACACUGUGCACACCACCAUACCAGAACUGGAGGAAGUCUAUCCCUUGCAAAAGCUGAAGUCUAGGAUUACACAGUCGACCAAAACAUUUACUGCAUCAGAGAAGGCCGAGAAGAAACGAGCCAGCUUUCUUGAAGGAACACUGCGGAGGAGUUUCCGCAGUGGCUCAGUCAGCAAACAGAAGGUUGAGGAGGAUCAGAUGUUAGACAUGUGGGUCAAAGAGGAAAUCUCAGCUUGCAGGACUAGUAUUAUUGACAAAUGGAAAAAACUCCAGAGGAUGAAUCAGGAGCAGGCCAUGGCAAAGUACAUGGCUUUGAUUAAGGAAUGGCCUGGCUAUGGUUCAACACUCUUUGACGUAGAGUGCAAAGAAGGGGGAUUCCCACAGGAGUUGUGGCUUGGAGUCAGUGCUGAUGCAGUUUCUGUCUACAAGCGUGGGGAAGGAAGGCCUCUGGAGGUGUUCCAAUAUGAACAUAUCUUGUCAUUUGGUGCUCCACUUGCCAACACCUACAAGAUCGUGGUGGAUGAAAGAGAACUGCUUUUUGAAACUAGUGAGGUGGUUGAUGUUGCAAAGCUGAUGAAAGCUUACAUCAGUAUGAUCGUGAAAAAACGCUACAGCACCUCUCGAUCUGUGAGUAGUCAUGGAAGUCAGGGCAGCUCCAGGUGA